AUGGCGUCAACACGACGCAUCUCGAAAUAUCUUUUACUCCUACUUAUCGGUUUAUUCCUUGUGAGUAUUGCUUUUCCUAUCGCAAAUGCACAAGAACCAAAAGUACCGGACGAUGCAAAAACUCCAGAGGCUCCACCCAAAGAACCAGAGAAACCAGAACAGCCCAAAGACGCUCCUAAGGACGCUCCAAAAGACGACACUCCUAAAGACCCUCCUCCACCUAAUGACGACGACCCAGAACCACAACCUAAAAAUGAUCCCAAAGAUAAUCCUAAACAGCCACCACAACAGCCAAAGCAACCUAACCCCAUAACAAUUACAUCAUUAACUACAGUUUCUGGUGGUACUGCUACCGGACCACCAAUUCCAAAAAAAGCAAAAGGUGCUAAUCAGAAUACAGAAUCAAGUGAUUCAGGUGGUAAUGUUAUUACUGCCGCCAUUGUUGUGGCUACCGUUGUUGUUUGUGCAGCAAUAGGUAUUUGGAUAUUUAGAAAAUGGAAACUUACGCCUUCGAGGAAUUUCAAAGAGAAAAUUCAACCAGUUAAUUUUGCUCCACGGACGCAUGAAUCAGAUACAGUAUUUUUGCGUGAAUUAAAUGAACCGUGA